AGGAACUUCCGGGUGUGCGCGAAUGGCGGAGAGUCAGGCACUUUAGGAGGUGCCGGUUCUGGCUGCAAAGAUCGGGUAGAGCAUGAGCUCCCUCCCCCUCACGGAUAGAGUUGAGGGGGACAGCGAAACUGAGGUGCCAGCCGAUGGUCCUGAGAGGGUCUUCUCCUCAAGAGGAGCCCCCAAAAGGAUCCGGUAGAUGGUCCAUCAGUACGGCGGAUCGCAGCGGAACGCAAGGGGAAACCCGCCACAUCUCCAGCCGCGCGCGCGCCCACCAAGACGAGAAAGGAAAGGUAAAGAAACAGACAAAUAUAUAUAAAUAAGAAAAGAUUGUCGGAAUUGGAGGGUAAGAAGGUCCCCUGGAAAGGAAGGGGGAAGGAAAGAGUGUGAAGGGUGAGGAGACGGAGAAAAAAAAAAAAACCGAACGGACAAAAUAGGAGAGAGUAACCCGGAAGAGAGGAAAGGGAGCGCGAGCCUGACACAGAGGAACGACAAGGAAGGAAAGGAAAAUAAAGGAAAUAAAGGUAAAAUCUCAAUUGUAAAGGGAAGGAGCUAAGCUGGGAGUGCUUAAACAUAACUAAUACGUGGGACAUUACUUAAUACUUUAUAUCCGGGACCUAUAUUAUUUGGAUCACUGCACUAGUUAGGAAAUCUAGAUCAUGGCAUAACAACCCAGUGAGCCAAGAAGCCGCCGCCUCAAAAGAAGGGGAAGAGGUGGACGGAAGAAAAACACACAAAGGCAGAGUGAAGCCGUGGGAGGAACACAGAGGUUUGUUGAAGGGACCUGUAAGGCUAAAAGUAAAGAAUAAACAAACCAGAGAAGGGGAAGAUCUGACCUUGAGAGGAGCCUUGAGAAAGGAGGCUGUUUUGACUCCAGGAAAAUAAGCAAACAGAGAACGGAGGGGGAAAUAAUCCUCCUGCUACCACAAGGGGAUCUCGCGAGAACGGGGGACAGAGAAGGGAAAACGCUGACACAGGGAAAGUGAGAUCGUGCCAAAAGUACCCCGCGAGAACAGAGAGAGAGCCAACAGGUGAAAAGCAAGAUCAAUCAAUAAAUAAGGAAGGAAAGCUGGUGAGAAUAAUUGGAUUGACAAAGGAACGGAAGAAGGAGGCCAAAGAAGCAAAAGAAGGAGUUAGACAAAGGAGCCAGACGAAGAAGCAGUAGAGGUAAAAAUUUGAUUUACUAGGGAAGGGAAAGAAAAUAAAUAAAUAAAUAAUAAAUAAAUAAACGAAGAAAGAGGCAAUUAGGAUAUUGAUAUAAGGGCAAGGUAAGGGAAUACCACGAGGGAGUAACAAAUAAAUAAACGAAUAAAUAAAUUACAGGAGAGAGACAAAGAACUAAAGAAGAAGGAGCAGAGAUAAAAGAAGGGAAAGAAGGAGAGAAGAAGAAAUAAGAAUAAAAUGGCACACUACAAACCAAAGGGAGAAAAAGAAACAAAGGACUUGAAGACCCAACCUAGGAGAUCAUCCAUACCGGAAGACAUGAAUCUCAGGGAUAUGAUGAGAGACAUGAUGAAGGAGGUUUAUAGAAUGCAAGAGAAGCAGGAUAUACUUCAAAAGAUGGUGCAAGAACAAAUGUCAGAUAUGAGAAAGGAAUGGAAGGAAGAUCUAGGAGAAAUGAAAAAAGAGAUGAACCAAAUCCAGGAAGAUUUGAGAGAAUUAAGGUCAGAGAAGAAGGAGUUAAGGAAAAUUCAAGAAACCACGCAGAAGGAAAUAAAAGAAAUACAUGAAAGAAAUAGAAAAAUGGAAAGGAAACAGGAAGAACUGGAAGCAAAAGAAAUGGAGUUCCAGCUAAGGUUACGAAACAUAGUGGAAGAACCAAGAGAAGAUAUAAGACUGACGGUGGUGGAGAUACUCUCCAAUCUCCUGGGAUGUACAGAGAGAGAAAUGGAAGAGCAGAUGGAUAGGACAUACAGAGUAAAUACAAUAUAUGCAAAGAAAAACAAAACACCAAGAGAUGUGAUUGUACAUCUGACAAGGAAAGUAAUAAGAGACGAAAUAUUGAAAAUAAACAACAGAAAACAAAUCUACUUUAAAGAAAAAAAGGUAGCCAUCUUAAAAGAACAACCAAGUUCGGUGAUAAACAGAAGAAGAAAAUAUACCCCACUCACUGACGAAUUAAAAAAGAGGAAAAUAAAGUUUAAAUGGGAAAGAGAAGAGGGGUUAAUGGCGACAUUUAGAGAACGGAAAUACUGGAUAACCACAGAAGAAGGUGCUAAAGAGUUCUUAAGAAAAAUUAAAUCAGAAAAGGGGAAGGAUAGAGAAGAGGAGGAACAUGAAAACAAUGAAAGAGAGAAGAAAAAGAAGAGAUUGCGAGAGUUCUCUCCGGAUAAGGAAGAGAUGGAUCUGGGAAACUAUAGAUUAAAUCUAAGAGGAAAUACAGAAAUAGCGAACCUGGACAGAGUAAAGGAAACACAGGAGGAAAGUAUGGAAAGAGUGGAAGAAGAGGAAGAAAAAGAGGAGAAAGAAGAAGAAAAUCAAAAAGAAGAAGGACAAUGCUAAGUGAAUUAAAAGUAUAUAUUAAUAAUGUUAAUGGCCUGAACUCACAAUAUAAGAGAAAUAAAAUCUUUGACACACUAAGCAAAAGAAACUGUCAAAUUAUUGCAUUACAAGAGACACAUAUAGCACACAGACAUGUAGCACAUUUAGAAAAUAAAAGGUUAGGUAAUGCAUUUUAUGCCUCGGCAGCAGAGAAGAAAAGGGGCGUGGUGACGUAUGUAAACAAAGAAAUACCAGCAAACUUGGCCUUCAAAGACGGGGAAGGAAGAUUCGUGGGCGUAAACAUUACGAUACAGAAUGUGAAAACAUUGAUAUGCAAUAUCUAUGCGCCAAAUGACUCAAAAAAGAUAUUUAUAGACAAGCUACAAGAAAAUAUAAAUAAUCAGGAAUUUGAUCAACUAAUGAUUGUAGGAGACUACAAUGGAGUAAUAGACGGAAAAAUGGACAGAAGUAAAGAAAUGGGGAAGAAGAAAGACAAAACAAGCAAUUCGGGUAAUCUACCAAAACAAAUGAUAAAUAUGUUAAAAGAUUUUAAUCUGGUAGAUGCUUGGAGAGAGAAAAAUGAAAAGACGAGGGAUUAUACCUUCUAUUCGUCCAGGCACAAAACCUGGUCCAGAAUUGAUAUGGUUUGGACUUCAAAAUCUCUAGUAACAAAAAUAAAUAAGAUAAGGAUUUUACCAAGAUUGGAUUCGGACCAUUGCCCGAUUGAACUAAAAAUCUAUAACUCAAAAAAAACAGUAAGGUGGAAACUGGAUGACAAUUUAUUAAAAAAAGAAGAAGACAUUGAAAAGAACAGAAAAUUACUAACGGAGUAUUUUAGACAAAACGAUACAUCAGAAGUACAUCUGUACACAGUUUGGGAGGCCAGUAAGGCGGUAAUGAGGGGGUACUUUAUUCAACAAAAAGCACUAAAGAAAAAAAAGAGAAGGCAGGAUUUCGAAAAAAUAAUGGAAAAAAUCAGUAAAGAAGAGGAAUUACUUAAGAAGGAGCCAAAGAAUGAAAACGCUCAAAAGAAUUUGCAAUUACUACACAAGCAAAGAGAACACCUAGAGAUGGAGGAAAGAGCAAACCAACUUAAAUAUAUAAAACAAGAUUAUUUCCAAAAUGCGAACAGGCCGGGAAGAUGGUUGGCGAGGAGGUUACGAAAAAAAAGAGAAGCUACUGUGGUGACAAAAUUAAAGGAGGCAGAUAAGAUAUACACUCAAGAGGAAGAAAUAAGGAACAAUUUUGCAAAAUUUUACAAAAAAUUGUAUCAGGACGAACAGAUAAAUAAAGAAAGGAUAACAGAAUAUAUAGGACAGUGUAACAUACAAAGAAUCUCAGAAGAACAGAGAGGAGAAUUGAAUAAAGAGAUCACAGAAGGAGAGAUAAUAAAAGCUAUAAAAAGUAUGAAAACGAACAAAGCCCCAGGCCCAGAUGGACUAACGGCGAUCUAUUACAAAACCUUCCAAAACGAGAUAACCCCCUAUUUGAAGAAAAUUAUGAACGAAAUAAGACAACAAAAGAAAAUGCCAAGCACAUGGAAAGAAGCAAACAUAUGCCUAAUACAUAAAGAGAAUUCGGACCCAGAAAAUGUUAAAAAUUACAGGCCGAUAUCAUUAUUAAACGUAGACUAUAAAAUAUUUAGUAACGUGAUUGCGGAAAGGUUCAAAAGAUUCCUAAAAGACUGGGUAAAGGAAGAUCAAACAGGCUUCUUGCCGGACAGACACCAAAAAGAAAAUGUAAGAACAGUUAUAGACUUGAUAGAAUAUUAUGAAAUAAACAAUCAGAAAGAGGUAAUGCUUCUCGCGCUGGAUGCGGAGAAAGCAUUCGAUAAUGUCAAUUGGAACUUCGUUAAGAUGUUAAUAAAAGAAAUGGAUAUAGGAUACUACUGCCAAAAUAUCAUAGAAGCAAUUUAUGAAAAGCAAGAAACUAAGAUAAUUAUAAAUGGCCAAGAGACGAAUAAAAUAAAAAUAGAAAAAGGUACCAGGCAGGGAUGCCCACUAUCCCCUCUAAUAUUUAUACUAACACUAGAAAUAUUGCUGAAUGAA